AUGACGGAAGUGGUCGGGCUAGCUGUCGGCUUCAUAGGCCUUGCCGGCUUAUUCAGUACCUGCGUGGAUGCCUUCAAGUUGGUCCAGAUCUGCGGAUCACGCACGGCUGACUAUGGGGUGCUUCAGACGAUGCUCGAUAACCAACAAUUUCAGCUGAUGGCUUGGGGUAAAGCAUGUGGAUUUAUGGAAGAAGAUCAUGUGAACCCAAUAUUCGAUGAUCACUCAUCGGCGCAUCGCAACAGGCGCAUAGAGGACACUCUGGAGAGGAUCCGAUCCCUUCUUGUGAACGCCGAAAAACUGAAAGAGGUUUAUGGACUCAAGGCACAACGAGCCCCUAUUGGCUCAAGAUUGAUCGUGGGCGCACCAUUGAGUGCAUUCUCGAAAGCUUUCCAAAGCACCAAGAAAUUCUGUAACACCAGCCUUCAGCGGAAAGUCAGGAUCACAGACUCUAUACGCUGGGCCGUACAAGACCGCGAAAAGUUUGAAAGAUUGGUUCAGGACCUACGAGAUCUUGUUGACGACUUGAGCAAGCUUACUGAAGACACGGGGAUCGCCAGCUCGCAACGCAUAGUCGUCGAAUAUGAGAUGGAGAUGAUCGACGACGAGCCUAGUUUAGAGAUCAUUGAGGCAGCUAGCGUGUGCGAUGAAAACGACGACCUCCUUUCGCACGCUGCUAGUCGCCGGCUUAGCAGAGUACGAGAACGAUCAGUUGCUGGACGGUCUGUUGCAUUCCAUGACAGCGCCUCUAUGGUUUCAAACCAGCAUUAUGCUCCAUCCGUAGGCACGCUAAUCGAAGACGACGAGAACGAAGUGCUACAAGAAAUUGGUAUCACCAGGGUAGCCUACCGGGACUGGAGGAAAGUAAAACCACGCGCCGAGCUAUACCCAGCCUUGAAAACACUCAUUGUGGCUACGGGAACCUCCAAUGACGUUUCGGAUAUCUCAAAUGGUAUUCAUCCCCUGUCAAGAACGAAUACAUUUGAUGGUGAUGCGGUGGCAUCGGGCAACGAGUGUCCAAUCCGCGUUGCUAUCAAUUCCCGCACGCUGAUCAGUACCCUUAAAAAGGUACUCCACGUCACGGGUGGCCGCCCCAUCAUCGAUCUGGAAAAUUCAUCGAAAACUGAACGGAAAGAUACAUAUUCCUACGAAUUCCAACCCGAGGACCAGGGGAGUUACGGAGUCAUCUCAUUGCAGAAGUACUCUGACUUUGCUAUCGAUUGCUUCUUCAUCGAUCACAACGGGACCUCUUUCGGACCGCGACCCCAUCGAAUCAUCAUCUCUGAAUACUCUGGUAAACGCGACAUAGAGGCCCUGCAGGCGUUUCCGUUGGCAAUGUGUUCUUUUGACUCUGAGGAGUUUGUUGAUCUCCAUGAGCGUGGCAGGAGAUAUGUGCAGUACCUGGAAGGAAUUCCUAGAUUACAGUAUCACGGCCCAGUUCUAAGCUGCACGGAUGUGUUCGACGACUCUUUGCUCGAUCUUAAUGCACGGGAUCAGUUCAUUCGGUCCUGCAAGAGCUUGCGAGAUCUUAAGGGAGAUCAGCUGGACGCUACUCAGCUACAGUUGCUACCGUUUCGACUUUGCGGGCUUGUGCUACAGAAGCUCCAAUUGAGGGACACGCAGGCGUCCGACCUAAGUCUGGAUGAUCUUGUGCUUCCGGACCAUCAGAAAUCGAUCCUGACCUCUGUUAUCAAUGGCCAGUUGCGCGGUGUUCUGACAUCUUAUAGCACCGGACGCAAUGGUUUGGUUCUUCUAUUCAGCGGUCCCAACGGAGCUGGUAAAACUGUGACUGCCGAAACCUUAGCUGCGAGCUUGGAUAUGCCUUUGAUGACACUCAACAUAGCGGAUCUGGAAGGUACGCCAAAAGAGGCCGAGCGGAACAUCACGUCACAAUUCUCCCAGGCAAAGCGCUGCGGGUGCAUCUUGUUUAUGCGUAGAGCAGACCUCGUGUUGGAGGGUCGUCGCCGAGUGGACCGUGAAGGCAACAUCAUGGCUGCAGCUUUCCGCAGUGCUCUAGCCCACCUUUAA